AUGCAUUUGAAUAAAGCAACUGAGAAAGUGAAAUAUUGGACUUGUCAAGAACGUACGUGUAGUGCUAGUGUUCAUACAGAUUCUGAUGAUCAAUUUAUAAAAAGUAAAGGUAAUCAUGGUAGUCAUUUACCAUCACCCGAGGAAAUAGAAUGGAGAAUGUUCAAAAGUGUAGUUAAAAAAAGAAUAAAAGAAGAAUCAAUUGCAAUUGGUUUAAUAUAUGGUCAAGAACUUGCUCGUGCAAAUUUUUCUCAAGCUGGUCUAGCAGUUAGUUUAUCACCACAAGAAGCUAAAUCAUCACUUAAUAAACUUCGUCGUAAAACAACACCUAUAUUACCUGAUUCAAGUGAUUUUGAUAUACCAGAUUUAUAUUUGACAGACGUAAAAUAA